AUGGCCAAUAGAAGAGAACCGGAUCCAAAAAGGAGCACUGAAUCGAUCAGCUCUUUAACUAAGCCACAGUUAUACUCACUGUAUGAUGAUGACGUCGUGAGAUCCGAAGAUAACGAAAUAUACGAGGAACUGAAACGAUCCGUCUCUAUAGAUUCCGGCAAGUAUAGUAGAGACCAAACUAUUGAUGCGACGUUUUACUUGGGCGAUAAAGGCGGCAAUUCGCUACCCAGGAGCACAAUUUCGUCAAAUAACUUAGAAAGGAUAUUAUCAGCUUCAUCCAUUCACGAGAACUUUCCGUCCAAGACUAGACAAAGCCGUCAAAAUCUUAUUCACUACCUGCAGGCCGUUUUGAUUUUAUCAUUAAGUGGUUUUGCAUACCAUGAACUGUCAAGAAAUCUGCACGAUAAUCAUCUUUUGCAUCCUGAAUUUGCAUCGAGACCUCUUCUUCUGGGCGUCAAAAUCUGUAAUUGGUUAUCCAAUGGGGUUUUGCCAGACUGGUUAGGUUACGCUGUCGAAGGGGUAUUGUUUGGUUCUGUUAUACCGAUACUGGAUAAUAUUUUCCAAACAGAGAUAGUUAAAAGCUCUGCGCACCAUGAUAGCUUGACUUCGGUUAUUAGGAGUCUUAACGCUAUGCUGGGUGUCACAUUUGGAAUCAGGAAAAUACAGUGGAACUCUUCUUUGCAAGCUGCAGGGGCAUGGGGGCUUCUGAAUGUUAUAUUAUGGUUGUUUUUUGAUGGUUCCAUAUCCAUGCUGUUGAGUUGCAUCUGUAUUGGGGUAGGUUGUUGUAUCUCUUGUUACAAGGACAUUACCGAUGGUUCUCAGUUUUUAUAUUUCAUGGAUUUUUACUUCCUGGGUUCUUUAAUGUUCGGUAAACUAGGAAGAUAUCUAUAUUCUCAUUAA